AUGAUGAAGUACUACAGUUCCAAUAGUGAGGUCAACAUGAGGUCGCAGAAGAAGAGAAGGGCAAGGUUCACAAAGAAGAAGCAUGAUUCUAAUGCUUGUGAGUCACCUUUGACAUUCAAACUUUUGAAAUGGUGGUCUGAUACUGUGUAUUUUGAAGGAAAUUCAGAUGAUGAGGUGAGAAGUGUUGGAAAAGGAAGGAAAUUGAAGAAAAGAAAGGUUGCCACAUCUGGUAUGUCACCUUCAACCUUACCACUGUACAGUUCUGAGUGGAGCAAAAAAUCAGAUGACUCUGGUGAUGAGAUACAUCCUGUUGAUCUCAUGAUCUUUGUCUAUGUGAAGAAGCUGAAUCCUCCUUGCACAGCAAAAGGUAAGGUUGAAGAAAGUGACAAGUAUGCCCAGAAAGGACCCUUCAAGCUCAGUUCAAAUGAUGACUAUGGCACCUUCCUCCACAAAGUGUCCACUGUGUUGCCAAGCCUGAUUCUUCAUAUCAUUGAGGACAAGAUGUCAUGGAAGCCUCAAAUGCCACAAAACGCAAAGCCAUUGCCAAUGGGUGCAUCAAUGGGAGGUCUUUAUUGUUCCCCUAUGAUUCCUGCCAAGCUCUGCCUGAGCUAG